UUACAAGAUGGCGGAUCAGUCCACGUGCGCGAGUGCUGGACCAAAACCAUCCCAUUCUUCUGCAGACAAAAGAUCUAUCAAGAAGCCAACAGGGUGGAACUCUUUUUUUCAAUCAGUUGCGCCAGAUGUCACGGAACAACUCGGAGAUUCGGAGAUUGGGCAGGUUUCCAAAGUCGUUGGGGCUAUGUGGAAGCAAUUGUCUGCUGAUGUACGAAAGGACUGGAAAGAUAAAGCACAAUGCCAAAGAGAAGAACUUGAUAUGGGCAUUGCAGAAGAGGAAAAGUGUCCAUCCUGCAACACCACAUUCAAGAGGAAGAAGGACAUGAAGUACCAUAAAAAAGGCUGCCAUGAGUGUAUUUGUGAAAUAUGUCAUAAGCAAUUUAAUCAUGAGCAAAAACUGAAGAGACAUAAAAACAAAGAGCACAAUGCAACAUAUAAAUGUGGUACAUGUCAAAAGAGUUUCGCAGAGAAAAGAAAUCUCAAGAGACAUGAAAGUACCCAUUGAAAUAAAUGAGUUAUUCCAGAAAGGAACAUUUUAUAUCAUUUUAACAUUGCUGACCCUAAUAAAUGUGGUACUGUAUCACUAUGUAUUAAACAAACAGAAAAACAAAACAAAAUAAUAAUAUACCAUUUAUUAAAAACUCAUUACAGUGAUAAAAGGCCUACCAAAUUACUGAGCUGUUUACAGGACUAAUAAUAAGAUAAUGAUUAUAUACUGUAAGCUAAGAAUAUAUUAAUGUAAUAAAAUUGUGUGUGCUUUUUCUUGCAA